UCAGUUCUGUGGUGCGGUAUUCUGUAUUCUGCGCAUGUGCGUCGUAACUUCCGCGUUCCUCACGUAGCAACAGCAGCAGAGCCAAAAUGGCGGCCGGCGGAGAUCCUGCGUGACACCGAACCGAGUCACAACACCGAAACCUGCGGGUCCCAGACACCGGCAUCAGCGCCAUGGCCUCCGCUCACGGGCGGCUGGGUCAGCACGUCCUGGCCGUGCUGGAUGUGGUUCUGCGGGUCCCGAGCAUCUUUAUAAUCGACGCCAUAUUCAACUCGUACUCCGAUCCCGGUACCGGAUGGACCGGAACCGCUGGGAGAGCGUUAAUCCGCGCGCUGGGUGUUCUGGUUUCCAGUGUGGUUCUGGUGCUUUCUCAGAAGUCCCUGUUCAAGUUCUACACGCUGUUCGCGGCUGUUCUGCUGGGUGCGGCGUCGGUCCUCAUCAACUACUACAGCACGUCUCACAUUGACUUCUACAGCGCGUAUAACCGAGCGGCGCUGGGUUUCAGGCUGCUGCCGCGCAGUGGAGCCACACUCUGGCUGGGCCUGGCGCUGCUGCAGCUGCUGCUGGGAUUGGGCUACGUGGCGCUGCUGAACGUACAGUCGUUCUGUGCCGCGCUGCUGGUGUUGGAUAUCAUGGCCCCGCUGUGGGGCCUGAUGCUGGAGCUCCCGCCGCAAGUGCGUCAGGCACUAGCACUAGCGUCGGGUGCGAUUCUCGCAGCACACGUAGCCAUUAAUCUGCUGUGGAAGCUGAAGUGGUUCUACUACUCGUGCCGCUACGUCUAUCUACUCCUGCGCCACAUGUACCGCAUCUACGGCCUGCAGCUGCUGCUGGAGGACACCUGGAAGCGCAUACGCUUCCCCGACAUCCUGCGCGUCUUCUGGCUAACGCGCAUGACGGCGCAAGCAGUCAUACUAGUGUACGUAGUGCGCGUGGUUCGCUCGGAAAGCGGCCUGCAGCUCGGCUGGGACUUGUUUUGGGACUUGACCAGCAACUUGAUCAUCAGCGGCUGCGAUUCGACGCUCACCGUGUUGGGAAUGAGCGCCGUUAUCUCGUCACUCGCGCAUUACUUGGGACUUAGCAUCCUAGCGUUCAUCGGCUCAACCGAGGAGGAGGAUAAGCGGCUAGGGUUUGUCGCGCCAGUGCUGUUCUUCAUCCUCGCCUUGCAGACGGGACUAAGCGGACUAGAUCCCGAAGAGCGACUGAUCCGGCUUAGCCGGAAUAUGUGCCUUCUGCUAACCGCGAUUCUACAUUUCAUCCACGGAAUGACGGAUCCGGUGCUAAUGUCGCUAAGCGCCUCGCACGUCUCCUCAGUGCGCAGACAUGUUCCCGUGCUGCUGGUGUCGCUAGUCCUCUUCGCUCUCCCCGUCCUGCUUAGCUAUGUUCUAUGGCAUCACUACGUGCUAAACACGUGGCUCUUCGCCGUCACCGCGUUCUGCGUGGAGCUCUGUCUCAAAGUCCUCGUCUCGCUCACCGUCUACGCUCUAUUCAUGAUCGACGGCUUCUACAACGUGCUCUGGGAGAAGCUGGAUGACUACGUCUACUACGUGCGCUCCACCGGCAACGUCGUCGAGUUCGUCUUCGGCGUGAUCAUGUUCGGAAACGGCGCGUAUACGAUGAUGUUCGAGUCGGGAAGUAAAAUCCGCGCGUGCAUGAUGUGCCUGCACGCGUAUUUCAACAUCUACCUGCAGGCGAAGAACGGCUGGAAGACGUUUAUCAACCGUCGCACCGCCGUCAAGAAGAUCAACUCGCUCCCGGAGGUCAAAGGCGCGACGCUGAGGGAGAUCGAGGACGUUUGCGCGAUCUGCUAUCAGGAGUUCGCCGCGUCCGCGCGCAUUACGCCGUGCCACCAUUAUUUCCACGCGCUGUGUUUGCGCAAAUGGCUGUAUAUUCAAGACACGUGUCCCAUGUGCCACCAGCACGUCUACAUCGAGGACGACGGACACGAGCGCGCCGCAUUCUCCAAUAACAACGGCUACGCCGCGCCGGGGCAGGAGAGGGCGGAGUUUGAGGGAGAAGAGGGCGGGGCUGAUGUGGGCGGGGCCGCCGGAGGGGCAGAGCCUGAAAACGAGCUUCUGGAGGACAACGACAGCAUCGAGUACGACGGGGAGGAGUGGGGGACGCAGCCGGGCGUGACGCUCGCAGAGGAAGAGUACAUUAACGACGACACGGACUCCAACUGAAGCAGUGCGGAUAUUUAAAUUAAAAACGAUUCGCGAGAUCAGGGACGUUAUGCUUUUUUAUUUCUUUGGUGUUCGUAUAAAAGGGCUGAUCUUGUGUUUUUUUCUGGAAUGCUCUUGAUCAUGUUUGGCUGAACGAUAAAGAGUGCUACUGUAAUCGCAGUAUACCUCGAUAUGAUCACUACUGGUCUCUUGUGUGACCUCUCUUAUAAUUGUGUACAUUAUUGUACAUGUAAUAAAAGAAUGAUACACUGACGUUUGACAGUUGUCCACUGGAGAAAGCUGUUAAUCUCAGUUUGACCGCGAUAUAUUACGCUCUCCGGCAGCAUUUUUCAACCCUCCUCAGUAUCUGAUAGUAUCAUACGGUGUUGCUUUUUUGACCUGCCAGGCGCAUUGUACAGUGCAAUUAACACGUUUCAACACAGGCUUGGUGUUUUCUGAUUUCUGGUGUUGUUGUUGAAUGCAGUAACUCCAUGAUUAGAUGCGUGUUUGAUUUCAGGUUAAACUGUUGAUUUGCCAAGAGGACUGAUGUAAAUACAUAAUCUGCUUUAGUUCUUUUGUAAAUAAAACAAUUAAGCUAAAGUUCUAUGUUCGAAGUGAUCUGGAACUUUGCACUUGAUUAUAUUUUUUGAACUUCUUUGUUGUGGUUUGUUUUU